UUUUCUCGCUUCCCAAACGGGGGGAGAAAAGAAAAGAGAGGGAGAGAGAGAGAGUGAAAUAGGCGUCAAUCAAUUGCUUCUCCUUCUCGUACUCUCUGCCUUCGGCUCCCUCUCAGACGGCACAAUUUCAUUUCCAAUUCCGAUUCCAUCAUUUUCUGUCUCCGGUUUUCUCGAGAAAAUGCGCCCUAGCUUCACGAGCUCCGGAUUCUAACUUGAUUCCUGCUACUCGUGCUCGGUCAGGUGUUUGACUGGCCAAGAAGAAUUUUCAAAAUAAGUUAUAGAAUGUGUCACUAGAAAUUGUGCAUUUUAUCGCUUGGAAAAUCCGAGAAAUAUGGAGUUCGCGUGUAGGUUUGGGCAGUCUAAUGUGUUUCAUGGCGGCGACGGUGGAAUUUGCAGGACUUCGAAUGGUGUCCAUUCACUUCUGCGGUUUAGAUGCGGUGGUGUUGGUUGUAAUCUCCCUGGCAAUCCAAGACCUAUUGCAAAGACCAACCAGAAAAAAAAGUUGAAAAAAAUAAUUUUGUCUGGUACUAGUGGUUCAAAUUCAAGUAUAGUUGCUAAAGGUGAAUUUAGCAGCAAUUUCUUGCGUCAUAGUUCAUGUGGAUCUUUGACUUCUGAUUCUAUUGAUACUUUUAAGACGUUGAGGGGAGUAGUUUGGUUGCGGUGCCAGGGCAGUGAUUCAGUAGCUUAUAUAGAUGGUAAUGGUAGAAAUGUAGAAUUUGUGGAAAGUCAUAAUGAAGAGAGCUCAAGAGCAGGGGGUGAUGUAAGUCCAGAGUUGAUUGGUUCAGGGGAAGGAGAAGACAAGGAGGUUCCCACUCUGGAUGAAUUAAGGGAGUUAUUGCAGAUGGCACGUAAGGAUUUGGAGGCUGCCCGCCUUAACAGUGCCACGUUUGAGGAAAAGGCUCACAGAUUUUCAGAAGCUGCAAUAGCAUUGAAGGAUGAAGCGACAAAUGCUUGGGACAAUGUUAAUUCUAUCCUUAACAGGAUUGAAGAGAUUGUGAAUGAAGAAGCUGUUGCUAAAGAAGCUGUUGAAAAUGCGAUUACUGUUCUUUCUCUCGCAGAGGAGAGACUCCGGCUGGCAGUGGAUUCAUCAGAAGCUGCAGAAGGAAGUAAUGAUUUCUUAGAGGCUUCGAGUGAGAGUGAUUCAGAACAUGAAAGCAGAGGGAAAGAGCCCAAUUCUUUGACGAAGGAAGAUGAGGCUAUCUUACUUGCUCAGGAUGAUAUUAGAGAGUGUAGGGCGACCUUGGCGAUUUGUGAAGCGGAGCUAAGACUGUUGCAAAGCAGAAAAGAGGAGUUGCAUAAGGAAGUGGAUAGGCUAAAAGAGAUUGCAGAAAAGGCACAAAUUGAUGCUUUGAAAGCUGAGGAGGAUGUGGCCAAUGUAAUGCUUUUAGCAGAGCAAGCUGUUGCUUUUGAACUUGAGGCUACACAACGUGUAAAUGAUGCAGAGAUUUCCUUACAAAGGGCAGAAAAGAAUCUAUCUGUUUCUCAUAUUGAUGGCACAGAAACUACAGAUCAACAAAAUGGAUCUUCAUCUGAAGGGCAGGUGGUGAGUGAGGACGAAUUGCCUGAGAAGGAAAGGGUGAAUCAAGGAAGUUCAGGUGGUGAUAUUGUUGUUGAAGGUGAAAGAGUCAUUCCAAUUGAGAGUUCUUCUUUGGUUAUUGAGCCUUUACCAGGUAGCCAGUUUGAUGGCCCUGGUCAAAGUUUUGAAGAGCCCAGUUUACCUUAUGAUACUGAUAAAGAAAAUGGAAAACUAGGUUUAGAUUUGUCCCAAGAUAUUAGAACAGAUUCAGAAAAGUCAAAGAACGUGGCUCAAACAAAAAAGCCAGAAUCUCAGAAGGAUUUGAUGAAGGAUGGUUCAACAUUUAAUUCUCCAAAAGCAUUACUCAAGAAAUCUUCUCGUUUCUUCUCUGCAUCUUUUUUCUCUUCAGAUGGGACUGAGUUCACGCCCGCAUCCCUGUUCCAUGGUCUUAUGGAGUCUGCAAAGGCACAAAUGCCUAAGCUGAUUUUUGGGGCGUUGCUUAUUGGUGCCGGGACUGCCUUCUAUGUCAAUCGAGCUGAGAAAAUUAAUCAGCUAUUUGUACAACCGGAUAUCAUUUCCACUAGCAUUGAUGAAGUCUCGUUGAAUGCAAAGCCUGUAGUCCGUCAAAUUCGGAAAUUGCCCAAGAGAUUGAAGAAAUUAAUGGAGAUGCUUCCUCAUCAAGAGGUGAAUGAGGAGGAAGCUUCACUCUUUGACAUGUUAUGGUUGCUGCUUGCAAGUGUCAUUUUUGUACCUGUUUUCCAGAAAAUCCCUGGAGGAAGUCCUGUUCUAGGAUAUCUAGCUGCUGGCAUCUUGAUUGGACCGUAUGGUCUCUCCAUUAUUCGUCAUGUACACGGGACAAAGGCAAUAGCUGAAUUUGGAGUUGUUUUCUUGCUAUUCAAUAUUGGCUUGGAGCUUUCGGUUGAAAGACUGAGUUCUAUGAAGAAAUAUGUGUUUGGAUUGGGUACUGCUCAGGUCUUUGCGACAGCAGUGGUGGUUGGAUUAGUUUCUCAUUUUAUUGCUGGGCAGGCUGGUCCUGCUGCACUUGUCAUUGGAAAUGGCCUUGCAUUGUCUUCCACUGCUGUUGUCCUUCAGGUAUUGCAAGAACGAGGUGAGAGUACAUCACGCCAUGGGCGAGCUACAUUUUCUGUUUUACUUUUCCAGGAUUUGGCAGUUGUGGUUUUGCUGAUACUCAUACCUCUUAUUUCUCCAAAUUCAUCUAAAGGCGGGGUUGGCUUUCAAGCGAUUGCUGAAGCUCUUGGAUUGGCUGCUGUUAAGGCUAUUGUUGCAAUUGCUGCCAUAAUUGCUGGAGGACGCUUGCUGCUUCGGCCAAUUUAUAAGCAAAUUGCAGAGAAUCAAAAUGCGGAGAUAUUCUCUGCAAAUACACUUCUUGUGAUUCUGGGGACUAGCCUGCUGACAGCUAGGGCUGGUCUUUCCAUGGCAUUGGGAGCAUUUUUGGCCGGUUUGCUUCUUGCAGAAACAGAAUUUUCUUUACAGGUUGAAUCAGAUAUUGCUCCAUACCGUGGCCUUCUAUUGGGUCUCUUCUUCAUGACGGUUGGAAUGUCCAUUGAUCCAAAGCUUCUAAUUUCAAACUUUCCAGUUAUUAUGGGAACGCUAAGUCUUUUAAUUGGUGGGAAAAUCAUAUUGGUUGCUGGUGUUGGUAGACUUUUUGGUAUUUCCAUCAUAUCUGCAAUAAGAGUUGGUCUUCUACUUGCUCCGGGUGGAGAAUUUGCUUUCGUGGCUUUUGGUGAAGCUGUUAAUCAGGGUAUAAUGUCUUCCCAAUUGUCAUCUUUGUUGUUUCUUGUUGUUGGGAUUUCAAUGGCCCUUACACCAUGGUUAGCUGCUGGAGGGCAGUUAAUAGCCAAUCGCUUUGAGCUGCAUGAUGUGCGAAGUUUAUUACCCGUAGAAAGUGAGACAGAUGAUUUGCGGGGUCAUAUCAUUAUUUGUGGGUUUGGACGUGUUGGCCAGAUCAUUGCCCAGCUUCUCUCAGAAAGACUUAUUCCAUUUGUUGCUCUUGAUGUCAGGAGUGAUCGAGUAGCAGUUGGCCGCGCCCUUGAUAUUCCUGUGUAUUUUGGAGAUGCUGGAAGUCGAGAGGUGCUCCAUAAAGUUGGUGCUGAAAGAGCAUGCGCAGCAGCAAUAACUUUAGAUUCUCCUGGUGCAAACUAUAGGACUGUUUGGGCCUUGAGCAAGUAUUUCCCUAAUGUGAAGACAUUUGUCCGUGCCCAUGAUGUUGACCACGGCCUCAAUUUGGAAAAGGCGGGGGCAACAGCGGUCGUCCCUGAGACCUUAGAACCAAGUCUCCAGUUAGCGGCUGCUGUUCUUGCUCAGGCAAAACUGCCAACUUCAGAAAUAGCAGCGGCUAUCAAUGAAUUUAGGUGCCGCCACCUCUCUGAGCUCUCUGAGCUGUGUGAAGCAAGGGGAAGUUCUCUUGGCUAUGGAUAUUCUGCGAUGAUGAGUAAACCCAAAUCUCAGCCACCCUUCGAUCCUUCCGACGAGAAUCAGGUGACUGAAGGAACACUGGCGAUAUAACCCAUUAAAAUAAAUGAAAAAAAAUGAACCCCCUUUCACCCCCCCCCCUCCCCCCCCCCCCCAAAAAAAAGGGGAAAAGAAAGUGAGAAAUUGUACAGAAAGAUAGCUAAAAAGCAGCAAAAUCAACAACCAUUAUUGUGUUCUUUUUUAUUUUAUUUUUGUAAAAUAAAAGCGGUAUCAAACCAUUGACCCCAAGAGAAAUUGUGAAGUAGGUACCUGCCCUACAUAAUUUUUUUUAACCACAAAUUAUUACUGCAAAAUGAG